ACAACUGUGUGCGUGCUCAUUCAUGUUUACAUUGAGCGGCCACAAGCACCUCGUCCUGAGCGUCCAUCGAAGUCCAGCGCAGCAAAAGAAGCUCGGAAACGGACCCGGUUGCUGUCAGCGGGCAGAGGACAUGCUUUCCUCCCGUGAACAAAUAACAGGGAUUAUGUCUCUCCAUGCUCCCUGCUGAGAUGCCCUGCUCAUUUUCUCUUCACCAUGUCAUGAUGUAUCAGGUUUUUCCAACUGGUUACCAGACCCAUGCCAAAAGUCAAACAUGGCUCAGUGGCCGGUCAGCUGAAGAGGUUGACCUCUUAAAAAGCUCUUGGGGAAAAAAGCCUCUGGGGAAAGACGCCAUCCUUUGAUCCACUCAAAUGUAGCUUGAACACAGGAUGGGCCUUUCGGUGGACAGUCCCGACUCCAACAAUGUGGGUUGUGGAAUAGAACAGCAAGGAGAGGACGAACAAGAUGACAGGCAAACUGAGACCUGCACCUCCAUUCCUUUUCUGCCCAGUACCAAGAAGAAGAGAAAAGGCAAGAGAAGAUUGUGGAUCAACCUCACCAACUGUAAAUAUGAAAGCGUGCGUCGAGCUGCUCGAAGACUUGGCCUCAGAGAAGCAAAAGAAGAUGAAGACUGGACGCUGCUCUGGACCGACUGCUCCGUGUCUCUGGACCGUGUCAAGGACAUGAAGUGUUACCAGAAAAUCAACCACUUUCCAGGAAUGAAUGAGAUUUGCCGCAAAGACUCGCUGGCAAGAAACCUGAACCGCAUGCUGAAGCUGUUUCCUAAAGACUACAACAUCUUCCCAAAAACCUGGUGCCUUCCUGCAGAUUACAGUGACUUCCAAGUUUACACCCGAGCCAAAAAAAGUAAGACAUACAUCUGCAAGCCAGACACAGGCUGCCAAGGCAAAGGCAUCUUCAUCACAAAGUCCAGUAAAGACAUACAACACGAAGAACACAUGAUCUGCCAAGUGUACAUCUCCAAGCCUCUCAUUAUUGAUGGAUACAAGUUUGACCUGAGGAUCUACGUGCUGGUGACCUCAUGUGACCCGUUUAGCAUAUUCAUGUUCAGAGAGGGACUGGCUCGCUUCUGCACCUCCAAGUACAACGAGCCCACACGCACCAAUGUGGAGCAUGUGUGCAUGCAUCUCACUAACUACUCCAUCAACAAGAACAGUGAGAACUUUGUCCGCGAUGAAGAUACAGGAAGCAAACGAAAACUGUCCACCCUUAAUAGACACCUGGAGUCCCUAAACUGCAACACAGAAAAGAUGUGGGAAGACAUUGAAGACAUCAUCAUAAAGACCCUGAUCUCUGCUCAUCCCAUCCUGAAGCAUAAUUACCACACCUGCUUUCCCAACCACACUGCCGGCAGCGCCUGCUUCGAGAUUCUGGGCUUUGAUGUGCUGCUGGAUCACCGGCUCAAACCCUGGGUCCUGGAGGUAAACCAUUCCCCCAGUUUUACCACUGACUCACAGCUGGACCGUGAGGUGAAAGAUGCGUUACUUUAUGACACGCUUGUUCUGAUCAACCUGGCUGCCUGUGACCGUCACAAGAUCACCAAGGAGGAGCGACGGAGGGCAAAGGACAGACUACAGCAAACUUGUUCUAAAGAAGCCCGGGCGCAGGAGCUGCGUCAAAGCCAUGCAGUCACAGUGGAGCAGAUGGAGGAGUAUGAGGCCAAAAACCUUGGAGGAUUCAAAAAGAUCUAUCCUAGAAAAGAAGGUGAAAAGUACGACAAAUACUUCAAGCACAGCCGCUCGCUCUUCCAGGAGACUACAGCAUCUAAAGCAAGAGAAGAGUGUGCAAGGCAGCAGCUCCAGGACCUCCAAGUCAAGCAGGAGCAGAAGGAGCGCUACCAGAAGGGGGGACCCCGGAAGGAUCUUCAGGGGGAGACAGCGGGGGAGAGAGCCAAACCGCGGCGAGCACCGGCGCAGAUACUUAGGCCUUCUCCUCCUCCUCCUCCUCCUCCUCAGGCUGAGGCACAGAGCAGCCAGUCAGUGGAUCCAGAGGCUGCAGAAAUCCCACAGGAGGAGCACGGGGAGGAGGCGGAGGAACAGGCAGAGGAGGAUGUCAGGGAGGAGCGGGAGCGCGUGCAUGCUCUGGUCCAGAGGAAGAAAAUGCUGGAGGACCUGGAGGUGGUGGACCUGAUUCAGAAGCUGCUACAGAGCCAGAAGAAGGGAGGAGGAAUUCCGGAGGGCUCUGAAAAGGCCUGCAGCCAGCAGAAGGAUCAGAGACGGGAGCAGGCAACGCUGGAUUCUUUAACAUCAUUUACACAAAGACAGCAACCAUUUGCUCAGAUCUUACUAAAGCAGCUCCCCUCUAUCUUGCCUCAGCAGUGUUUGCUCAGGCCGGCAAUCACCCGGAGGAACUUCAGUGACUCCCUAAUGCAUUUGAACCCUGAAAUCUUCAAGAGGCCCAGGGAGAAAUGCAGCAGCAUUGGACCCCUGCAGAAAGCCAGCUGGCCAGUGAGCUGUUCUUUGAUUGUCAAGCAGGACAGAAGGAACAGUUCCUGUGCAGAUGUGGGGUCCCGUCACAGCCACCCCCCUAUGAGCAAGGUCCAGAAGCAAGGCGUGUGUUGUCCUCAUGAUGCUACGGCCUUGGAGAGCCUUGUUAUAAUCUCUACACCUGCUCCAGUGGUCAGCAGACCGGCUUUCUCUCAUGCUGUACGCAACAGCAGUCGCAGAGCUCUCCAGCAAAGCAAAGGGCUGUGAGGAAAAAGCACUGCAGUUACAAUAAAGGUUGUGUGAUCAGAUAACACUCACAAACUGUGCCAAAAUAAAAGAAAGGGCUUGAAGCAACAUAAUAAAUUUAAACUUCUUUGAAGUUGAACCCAAAGCCAAGAGACAUGUUUUGGAAAAUAAUAUACAUGGUUUAAAUUAAAAAAAAGUUUGCUUUGGUUUUUAGAUAUUAUUUAAGGCUUAUUUACGAAAUAAAAAUCAAAUUUGACAAAAUCAGAAUAAGAUUUGUGACACUGUGAAAUGUUUGUAAAAUGUUUUUUUUUAAAUCAUUGAUUUGUUUUUAAUCAAGUCUAAUCUUCUUCUGCAUCAAAAUCAGAGUCAAAUUUCUUUCCUAAAAUGCAAAUCUGUUGAUGCUUAUAAAAAAGUUUUUUUUGU